GGACAGUCUUUCUUUUCGAAUUUUGCUUUAUUAAAAUUAUUAUUAUUAUUAUUUUUCCCUUUUUUUGAUUAGGAAACUGUUCAAUUUUGGAUCUGUCCGAUCCUUCCCACCUGUCUGCUGCCUACCUGUUCCUCCCCCUCCAGUCCGGGUACUGGGCCAGUCCAUCAGAUUGGCCCUCGGGUGACUCUUCAGACUUCGGGCACAGCAGUGCAUGACACUGCUCACUCGAUCACAGACCAAGGCCAUGGACCGGAAGGAGGGAGAAUCCCUCCUGGCCUAUGAGGAACGCCUGGCGGCAUUCAUUCAGGAGGCCAACGAUAGGGCUUCCGCCGCGGCCAAGGAACGUAAUCGGCUUGAACAAGAGGAGGAGGCCAAGCGACAGAAGGAGGAACAGGACCGACUUCGUCAAGAAGAGGCAGACCUGCAGGCGGCAGCCGAACACCGGUCACGCCAGCGGGAACGACUGUUCACACGAGAGACCGUGAUCGGCGAUGAGGCCGCACAUUGGGUGGAAGAGGCAUCUGCAGACGGGGCCCCGGAGACUGAGAAAGGGCUGUCAGCCCUUGCGCAGGUCUCCCACGACCUCGUGGCCACCUGCGCUCUGCAGCAGGAGGAAAUCCUUCACCUGCAGCAGACAGUGGACCAGAUGCUCGCACGGCUGCAGGCGUUGGAGAAACAGCCAGCUGCUGUAGCAGCCGCAGGGCCUUCCAACCUUACCACCCGUGUGCAAGUUUUGGAGGAUGACGUCAGCAACAUCAAGCGUGUGCAUCACGACUUCCGAACGUCGCAGCAAGCAACGAACUCGCAGUUGGAGACGCAGGUCCAGGCUGCUGCCACCGUGACGCCCRCCGCCGCAUCCUCCCGGCGCCCACCCAAACUGGAUGACAUUCCAGUUUUCUACGAUCAGUCCAAGACGGAACCGAUCCCGUGGUGGCGCCAGUUUACUCUCAGGCUCGACAUGCACCAUGUCCCGAACAACGAUCGACAUCCGUGCUUGUACCACCGCUCUGGUGGUGCGUGUCAAGCAUGGCUGGACAACAUCUUGACCAGCCACGGCGUAGCAGUGUCGGAACUGCACACCAAGCUCACUUGGCAGGAGUUGACCGACGCCUGGCACAAGCGAUUCCAAGUGGAGCCGCCUGACCUGCAAGCGAUGGACAAGCUCAACAAGCUCCAUCAGAACACACUGCUCAGUCAGGACUGGAUUACCGAGUUCCAAAGACUCGCCUCCACACCUGACCUGCCGCUCGCAUUCCGCGCCAUCAAGCACUUGUUUAUCAUGCGCUCGUGUCCAGCUCUGCAAAACGCGCUGACGCAGAUUGCAGAGAAACUCGACACAUCUGACAAGCUUUUCAGCACAGCGUCAUGGAUCAUUCUCACGAAUAUCGAAGCCCGCAAUGCCGGCCGAUCUUCCGCGACGACGAGCGGCACCCAGCCCAAGCCAAAGGUGGCUUGCAUUACUUCUACCGAGGCUGCAACACCAAACGAGGGUGAAGUGUUGGCAGCUGCCCGGGAUGGUGGACAGUCGCGCAACAAUCACGGCCGCGACAAGACGAAGACUCAGUCCACCUCUACACCGAGCACCGGAUCAGCCGCCGACGAACCUUGGGCACAAUACGGACUCUCGGCGAAUUCUUAUCGCACGAGACUCAAGUACCGUUACUGCCUUUGGUGCAACAGCACCAUCCACGAUGCUGCACAUUGCCCCACCAAGGGGAAACCCCGUCAGGGAAAGUGGGCGCCGCCGAGGGUGACUCGACACCUCCCUCGACGCCAUCGGAACCGGUUGUGCGCACGACCGCCCUUUCUUCCGAGGCCCAACUCGUUCCUUUACUGGAUGCUUCUCAAGGACAAGAUACAUGUGCGGCUUUCUCACCGUCCGAAGGUUCUUCCGCCAGUUCGUCUUCAUCAAGGGAUUCGGCAAGCAUGUUCAACGAGGAGGCUUUGGACCCGCUCAUGCCCGAGGACUUCGCUUGGAUUCCUCUCCCUACGACGGGCAACCUUCCAGGGCCGCAAAGCGCAGCACUAUGCGCCCUCUUACACGAGUAUCUUUCCUUCCAUGCACCACCAACUUUGUCGACGGUCGACGAAGUCGCUGUGGGGGACAUGCUUGGCUAUGUUGCCAAGGUGGCCCGCGAGUUUGUCUCGCAACAGUAUGAAGAAAACAACGCACCGUUGCUCUACGUUCGCAUUCAGAUUGGGCAAGCGGCCUGCAACGCCUUGCUAGAUUGCGGCGCAACUCGCAACUUCAUCAACCAGUCCUUCAUGACUCGGGCUGGCCUUGGCGCA